CGGAGCUUGUGGGGGAAGAUGGCGGCCGCUUGGGGGCUGUCCCUAGCGGCCGCUGCACUGAGAGCGGUUACCGCCUGGCCGAGGGGCAGGCUCCCUGCGGCCUUCCCCAGGUCUCAGGUGCUUCGGAAAGCGUCGUCCUCUAGCCCCCAGGCCGACGAAGGGCAGAUCCACCUCACCGACAAUUGCGUCCAGAGGCUUCUGGAAAUCACCGAAGGGUCAGAGUUCCUCAGACUGCAGGUGGAAGGAGGUGGAUGCUCCGGAUUCCAAUACAAAUUUUCACUGGAUACAGUUAUCAACCCUGAUGACAGGGUAUUUGAACAGGGUGGGGCAAGAGUGGUGGUUGACUCUGAUAGCUUGGCCUUUGUGAAAGGGGCCCAGGUGGACUUCAGCCAAGAACUUAUCCGAAGCUCAUUUCAAGUGUUGAACAAUCCUCAAGCACAGCAAGGCUGCUCCUGUGGGUCAUCCUUCUCUGUCAAACUUUAAUGUGAUAAUGAGUGACCCAGACACUACCACCAUUUCUACCAAUUUGAGGAACUUGAGAUUAGGUUUCCAUCUAAUCAUGCUCCCCUCUCAAUUUUACUUCCUUUGACCCAGGAGUGUUGUGUUUUGCUACUCUUAUUUUCAGAAUGUGAAGCUUACUCUUGACGUAAUCACCCCUGCCCCAAUUCUAAGGCCGUGCCUCCAGAUGCUGUUACCUCAGAUUUAAUCACUGGUUGAAACCCAGUAUAAUCUAUAGAGCCUCCAAGGCUCCAAAAUUUGGACUUACUGCUCUGGUCUUUAGAGCUGCUUGUACAUAUGUGGCCAGCUAUAUAUAAAAGCUACAUUUUAAA